AUGGCAACUCCAAGAGACGAAGAAAUUCCACCAGAACAUCAGCAUCAACAAGCGGAAGUAGUUCUUCCGGUCUCACCCAAAGGUGGGAAAUCCGUCAGUUCAAAUAAGUCUUUCGGAAAUGCAAUAUCUGCAUUUAAUUUUACUUCUUUGACGAGCCCACAAGUAGGUUUCGGUGGAAGAUCAUAUUACAGUUCGCAGAGUUUACCGCAGUCUGGGCAUCCUUCAUACUCUGCAUCGCCAUUGAAUAUUCGACAACAAACCCUAAAAUUGGGUGAUAUCGGCUUAGGUCAAGAAGGCGAGCAAGAUAGUGAUGACACUGGCUCAAAAGGAUCUAUAGGGUCACGUGAUCCGGAUCUGCCAAACAAAAGUAAUCUGUCAUUGCUUUUGAAAUCAACUUCUCCACCGAAAGGUGAAGGACAAAAUUCAAAAAAACCACAUCCCAUAUCGACAAUUCAAGAGGAACCAGAAAAUAAUUCGAAGACAACAAAAAACCUAACAACCAGAGUUACACCACCUACUCCUUUAGAUCAAGAUCCGAAUGUUGAUCUAUCAACAAAUCAACCAUUUGAUGAGCAUCAACCAUUAUUGAAAAAUCAGCUUGUCUUAGCGCCUAAUUAUGGCAUCGGUGUAAUUGAGGAUGAUGCAUUAUUAGACGAAGGAACGUGGGAAGAGAAACCAUGGCUUUCAUGGUUACCAUGUGUCAAUGAUUUAAGCUUCCUUCCGUUAUAUGUAGAAGAAGAUUCGCAUUCAGGUCCCAAUCGAAGAGUUCAUAUAACUCCAAAACUAAUCUUCGAACAAGUGAUUUUAAAUCCAAUCUCAUAUAUACCGGCGGUUAUCCUAGGGUUACUACUGAAUUUACUUGAUGCUAUUUCUUAUGGUAUGAUCACUUUUCCCAUUGCACAACCAAUUUUCAGUCAAUUUGGACCUGACGGUGUUUCUAUGUUUUUUGUUAGUACCGUCAUUUCCCAGUUGGUCUAUUCCCUUGGCGGAAGUAUUUUUGGUGGUGGUAAUGGAAGUAUGAUGAUUGAAGUAGUGCCAUUUUUACACAUAAUGGCUGAAACUAUUAUCCGAGAAGUGGGUGAAGAAAAUCCAAAAUCAAUUAUCGCUACAACUAUGCUUGCAUUUGCAUUUAGUACGAUCGUCACUGGUGGUGUAUUUCUCUUGUUAGGUGCCUUAAAGCUUGGCUCUUUAAUUGAAUUUUUCCCGCGACAUAUUCUCGUUGGAUGUAUUGGUGGAGUUGGUUGGUUUCUUGUAGCUACCGGGAUUGAAGUCGCAGCUGGUUUAGACGGAAAUUUGGAAUACAACUUGAAGACCCUCAAAUUAUUGUUUCUUAAUUCACAUAUACUAGCAUUAUGGGGUUCAGCCUUUGGGCUUGCCGUAUUAUUGAGAUAUAUUCAUAGCAGAAUCCAUCAUCCUCUUGUCGUCCCGCUUUAUUUUAUGUUUGUACCCCUGCUCUUUUAUUCCGUCGUUUACUUAUUUGGUUUGAAAUGGGAAGACAUGAGAAAUGAUCAUUGGGUAUUUCCUUUGCCUGAGGGCAAGGCCCCUUGGUAUCGGUUUUAUACAUACUACGAUUUCAAAGAAACAAACUGGGGUGCUCUUGCACAGACUAUUCCUGCUAUGUUUGCAUUGACUUUCUUUGGUAUUUUGCAUGUUCCUAUCAAUAUCCCGGCUCUCGGUGUUUCAGUCGGUGAGGACAAUGUAAAUACAAACCGCGAAUUAGUAGCCCACGGAGUUUCCAAUAUGCUGUCAGGUUUUGCUGGAAGUGUACAAAAUUACUUGGUAUAUACAAACUCUGUACUUUUCAUAAAAUCGGGCGGUGAUAGUCGUGUAGCUGGUGUAAUGCUUGCCGCCGGCUCUGCGAUUAUUCUAUUUGUAGGUCCAUGGAUUGUAGGCUAUAUUCCGGUAAUGGUUGUCGGUGCCCUCAUUUUUCAUCUAGGGUUAGACCUGCUAAAGGAGGCGUUGAUUGACACCUGGGGAGUUGUGAACAAACUCGAAUAUAUUACUAUAACAGCGAUUGUCAUUGCAAUGGCAGCAUUCGGAUUUAUUGAGGGUAUAUUCCUGGGAAUUAUAAUGGCAUGCGUUUUCUUUGUGGUUUCGAAUUCGCGUAAAACUGCGAUUCGUGCCACUUAUUAUGGAAGCUCCGUAAAAUCCACAGUUCGUCGCCUCUAUCGUCAACAAAAAUUCCUAAAACAUGUUGGCAACCAAAUUUUUGCCAUAAAAUUACAAGGAUACUUGUUCUUUGGAACUAUUAGUGGAGUUGAGAAUGCUAUUCGUAAGGUGUUGACUCAACAAGAAUGGCGCAGGAAUCCUAUUCGAUUUUUGAUUGUGGAUUUUUUCCUUGUGAAUGGAUUAGAUUUCAGUGCUGCUGAAGCUUUUAUUCGUAUUCAAAGACUUUUGCAGGCAAGAGAUGUAUAUCUGGUAUUGUGUGGGGUGCAGGGAGAUUCUGAUGUUGGAAAAGCUUUAAGAUCUGUGGGCAUGUGGUGGGUAGAUGACGUAACAACUGGAUAUUUACAAAUUUUUGAGAAUUUCAAUGAAGCACUGGAGUGGUGUGAGAAUAAGUUGCUUAAAGCUUAUUAUGUACGUCGUAGUACUAUUCCUCCACCCGAACCUUCUCACAGUGAACUUGUGCCGCAUUCUCCUCCAAAAGAAAUAAUGGACUUCGCUUCACCCAGACGCAAACAUGUACAGGCGAUAGGUCAAAUUACAUUACAAGAGGAAAGUAAUCAAGUACAAACACAUACCCAGCCCUUCGCAUUGCUAGUACAAACCUUUCAAGAUAUAUCUGACAAAAACGAUGAAUUCUUUCGUCAGCUUAUGCCAUACUUUCACGAAAUUCAUGUCCCAUCAGGCGCGUGUCUUUGGAAACAAGGUGACUCGCCAGACUGUCUUUAUCUCGUCGAGCGGGGAUUACUUCGUGCAACAUUCAAAGCAGAAAUAGGCGAACAAGCAAAACCAGUCGAAAGCAUAUUACCAGGCACGAUGGCCGGUGAACUAGGAUUCUUUGCGGAUCGCCCGCGAGACGCGACAUUGUACGCCGAUAUGGAUUGUAUAUUGUGGCAGAUGCGAACUUCGGAUUACGGUAAAUUAUUGAGUAAGGAACCGUUGAUUGCAAAUGAAUUUAUGCGAUUGUCGUUGAAUUUUUCGGCGGAGCGGUUGGCUACUAUGACACAUUACGCUUUUCAUUUGGCGUAA